GGCAUGUCGAACAGUAGCAGUCGACUGGCACCAUUUGGAACAAUAACAAGGACGAUAAGAGUGGUGCGUCAAGCGGUUAUAAAUUCGAUUCUAAAAAAAGGAACCUAACGCCCGUCAGCUCAAGUGAUGAGAUUGGAUAUCGUUUGAGAACUUGUAAUUUAUCCUAGCCUGCCAUUAUUCCCAAACUAUUUUGAAAUAUAUUCGCAGAGCGUGUCCAGGAGUUCUUAGAAUAUGUAGGACGUAAUGUCGGUUAAUGGAACGUGGGAACGGUGUAAUAUGAUCUGUAUGUAAUGAAAGAAAAGGGGUCUCCGGAUGAUAUAUACCUAUGAUUUUCGUGUUCUAAUUUUAAGUUGUAGAACCUUGCUGCCAAAUAUCUGCAUAAGUAUAGUAGUCUUGUAUUCGAGGAGUGACGAGUGACUCGUCAUGGUUCUCACCACAAAGGGGAAAUACACAGUGUUGCGUUUUAUUCUUAUCAGCUGAGCGCGGAAGGUAUAAAUCGCGAGUGGAGUGAUGUGGUUCUCGUAGAAUUGAAUUCGGAUGCGAGGAUGCUGAUCGUGAGCCUAAUCUUAUAACAGUGUUCGACUUGUGAACGAGAAAUAAACUUAGCUAACACAAUCAAAUACGUACGCGGUGAAUUACGCGGCAAAAUAAGGAUAUACUGUCAGGAUAGCAAAAUAACUGUAUGACAUUUGAAAGUAGAUAAACUUCGACAAGUGACAAUGUCGCGAGUUUCCUUAAAUAAAACCCAGUUUGGCCAAUAUGGUUCUCGUCGCGUACGAAAAAUAAGCACGACGGAGAGUGAAUAUUCGGUCGAGGAACAGUCCCGAUUGACAGGAGCAGAUGGAGGAGUCGACGAAGUUUCCCCUGAAGACGAGGGCUCCUUGUGCGAAUAUCAUGACAUCCCACCCCCGCCGGAUGGCGGCUAUGGGUGGGUUGUUGUAUUUGCCUCGUUCAUGUGCAACAUGAUUGUGGAUGGCAUUGCUUAUACCUUCGGAGUGUUUUUGAAUGAAUUUGUCAACUAUUAUGGAGAAGGCAAAGGCAGGACGGCAUGGGUAGGGUCUUUACUCUCUGGCAUAUACCUCAGCGCAGGUCCAGUCGUCAGUGCCUUAACGAACAAGUAUGGCUGCAGAGCUGUAUGCAUGGCUGGAAGCAUUUUCGGAGCGGCUGCAUUUGCUCUGUCGACACUUUCAUCUUCUGUUAAUAUGUUGAUGCUAACGUAUGGCGUAUUAGGAGGUAUCGGCUUCGGUCUAAUCUACCUACCAGCAGUCGUGUGCGUUGGUUAUUACUUUGAAACUAAAAGAUCGUUGGCCACAGGGAUCGCAGUUUGUGGUUCGGGAGUAGGUACCAUAGCUUUUGCCCCUCUAGCAACGAUGUUAAUUAAUGCUUACGGCUGGAAAGGAGCCAAUCUGAUUUUAGCCGGCCUUAUCCUAAAUUGCGCGGUUUUUGGCGCAAUGAUGAGACCUCUGGAAUACCCAAAAUUGUCAUCUGUUAAGCCGUUGCUGCAGCGAAUGGCAGAAGAAAAACGGUUUCAAAUGGAGCGUGGCAGUAUAGGAGGAUCCUACUUCAUGGUACAAUUACCGGAUGGAUCAAUGGAGAAAAGAAUGAAAAUGCCCAUUAACAUUGAUCCAGGAGUACACUCCAGUUUCAAUCUAGAUCAGCUAGUACCAGGUACUCCAUUGACUCCUGUACCAACCGUGCCAACUUUGCCUACAAUUUCGGAGGUAAAAGUACAGGAGCAAUCGUCAUCCGGUGGAACAUCCGCAAGUGGAAGUGUGGAUUUGAAAAAUGCUAUAAACAAGACCAAGAGCCGCAAAGCAAUUGACGAGGGAAAAGAAUCCAAAGAUGUUCCAACCCAGGAAAAACCGGAGAAUAUUGAGUUCAACAAGGCAAAUAUUCCCCGUAACGCCUCUCAGCCAGCAUUCACCACCCACGUGCAAGGUCUACCAAAAAACGGCUCGGUCCCAUUCUUUGAUAGAAUUCGAAAAACCAGUACUGGGGAGAGAUACAAGCCAAGCCUUAGCGCUAUCAAGAAUUCCCGUACCACGCUCAACUCUAAUGGCGAUAUACGACGGAGUCUACACUUGAGACUAUCCGCCAGCAGCAUGCUUGGAUCACGUAACAAUAAUGCUGAAUGCGAUGAUGGUGAAAGCAUCACGUUUACCACGAGCAAAUCUAGCAUACCUAAGGAAAAGCCAAUGAUGAUUCGACCAUUGUCGAGAAGGGAUAUAUUCUACAGUGGUAGUGUACUCAAUUUGGCUGAGUGUCAGAGCCAAAAAUCUCUUGCAAAUUACCGGCAAAGUAUCAUUUCGUUGCCAAAAUCCGUACGUGGAGACGUCCGUGAUGCUGACCCGGAGAAGGGACCACAGCAGCCACUUUGUCCUUGCCUAGUCCUGCCUGAGUCUUUUACCGAAGCUCUUGCUACAAUGAUGGACAUGUCUCUACUCAAGGAUCCGGUAUUUCUGUUGAUCGGUAUCAGCAAUGUGUUCGGCAUGGCUGGACUUUACGUGCCGUUCGUUUAUCUUGUGGAUGCUGCCAAGUCACAUGGAGUUGAUGCAAGUUUAGCACCAUUGCUGUUGUCAAUUAUCGGAAUCACGAAUACAGUGGGACGUGUGGCUUGUGGCUACAUCGCAGACUUUCCGCAAGUUGAUUCAUUGUUAAUGAAUAACAUUUGCCUUGUUGUUUCGAGUAUUGCGGUUGGAGCUACACCUUUUUGUACCUCAUUUGCUGCUUACAUAGUGAUGAGUAUCUUUUUCGGACUUGCUAUAUCUGGAUACAUUUCGCUGACCUCAAUUAUUCUGGUGGAUCUACUCGGCUUGGACAAACUUACAAAUGCAUUCGGCCUUCUAAUCCUAUUCAGAGGUGCCGCUGCUAUCGUUGGAUCUCCGCUUGCUGGUGCCAUAUACGAUGCGACGGAAAACUAUAACAUUUCAUUUUAUAUGGCAGGAUUCUUCUUUUUUAUUAGUGCAGCAACCAGCUUCAUGGCACCAGCUAUGAAGAGAUGUACUACGCCUCAGGCCCAACCCGUCAUAAUGGAUACAUUAACGCCUAUUGACGAAGAUAUUGAAGAGGAAAAUGAAGAUGAUAUCCCAGAGAUCGUUGAGACGGCUGCGUCGCCUCAAGAACCCCAAGAAAAGGAAAUCAAACAGAUUGAAUCUGUUUUAUAAUAAUUGCCGAAAGCCUUUGUGUGCUUUAUUUCUUCGACGAGCGUCCCAGAUUGAUGGUCAAUGCAAGGCGAAUAAGCUGUUAAAGAAAUUUCACAAUGAAUUUGAAACUCGAUUUUUAUAGUCACUUAAACGUUGAAGUAAAACGUUGUGCUUAAUUGGACCUGCAAGCUGAAAGAAGUGAACGUUAACGGACAUGAUGCGAGCAAUGUUGCAAAUGUUACCGGGAUUGCGUUCAGUUUACGACCUUCUAUCAAUUCAUAUGUCAACAAACGGGUUCACACUUGUAGAGCUUGUACGGCAAUUAUUAUUUAUUUUAUACUGUGAUCGAGAUAAUCGAGAAAUAUAUAAAAUAUUAACUUAGUAAAAAAUUCUGUGAGAAACAGGUUGAAAGAGUGAAGAUUAAAUGGUUGAGUGAGAGAGUGAGUGCGAGAAUCGACAAAGAGACGAGGGAGUACGAUAUGGCGAGGGCGCGGCAAACUGAAACAAAUACAUUUUCAUGCUCGAAUGUACCCGGUUUCUUGAGAGUAUGAAUCUCAAAAAAGAAGAGGAGGUAGAAAGUGUGCGCAGGAGAGAAAGAGAGAGAGAGAGAGAGAGAGAGAGAGAGAGAGAGAGAGAGAGAAAGAGAGAGUAGAUUAAAGUAGAGUAAAACUUAAGCAUAACCCGCUCGUACGGAAUAUGAUGAUAAAGCGGGGAUCAGCUGUCAACUUCAGAUUUUGGGGUAAAUGUUUGCACGUUCUUAAGGGUACUGGUCAUCCUCCCUUUUCAGUAGUGUUGAGAAAAUAGUGGGUUUCGCGUAUUCUCAAAUUACAUUCGCAAAUUUUUUAAGACCAAUUACUGCUACCAAAAUACAGCAAAAUCUCGAUUAUCCAAACCCCCUAUCAUCCGAAGCACGAUCUACUUUAUUCGAAUGAUGUCUUGAAAUUUUAGAACGUAUGUAACUACCCUAUUAGUAAAAAAACAUCGGAGAAAGUCUGUUUAUAGCGCUACGUUAAAAUUACGCAUAUUUUAAUUAACUUCAGGUGUAAUCAGAGUCAUAACGAUGCGAUGUGUGUUACAGUUAGACGUUCAGUUUGUUAAAGUAACAAAAAAAAAAAUACAUGCGUAAUGUUUCUAAUAUUCUUUAUCAUAUUGUAGCAUCGUUACAUUUGACAUUACUGUCCCAUUAUUCGAACUUUCGCUAAUCCGAACUAGGCUCGGUCCGAAUUGAUUUGGACAAUCGAGGUUCUACUGUAAAUUCAUUCGGUCAACAUAGGUGAUUUGGAAUAAAUUUAUCUCACAAUAAAUAGCUUUGUGCUCCAAAAGCACUGGAUAUCACGUACGCCGGUCAAGGGAAGGAGUAGGAAGAGGACGAAGUCUCUUACUUCGAAAUAUGCGGGUGGCUGAAAUAUUAAUGGCAAUGAUUUAUAAUUGCAGCGGCAAUGGUUGAUUUUAAACACGGCGUGCGAAGUUGUACAGGAUCGUGCCACUCAUCCUUUCCACGUACAAUCCACAUUAAGUACUGCAAUUAUUUUUUGAUAGUUCAGAAAAGUGUAAAUUGCUUUUGCGUACAGAAAAUUGGUAGCCACGAUGCUCUAUGUUCAGCCUUACCGUUGGAGUAAAAUGUCAGUUUUUCUUACAAUUAGUAUUAUCUAACAAUAAGUCUACGCAACACUUAUGCGAAAAUGUCGCAGUUAGCGCAAUUCUACGUGUAAUGCCAAGCAAAAAUAUGUGAAAAUUUUUUUGUUUCGUACGAACAUAUGGCCGGAAAAUAUAUUCCUCUAAUAAGUGGUAAUUGAAUCACAGGAAUACAUUUCUUGGCAUUGUUAUGGCGCUAAACAAAUCUUUAUGG